CUAAUACCAAUAUCAUCAUCAUUGUUAUUACAAUUGGAGUCAUUGGGCAGAAGAUGAAGUCAACCAUAGUCUUAUACCCAGCACCAGCCAUAGGCCACCUAAUCUCCAUGGUGGAGCUCGGCAAGCUCAUACUCACCUUCAAACCAUCACUCUCCAUUCACAUCCUCAUCACCACCGCUCCCUACAACUCUGGUGACACUGCUCCCUACAUCGCCACCGUCUCAGCCACCACUCCUUCCAUCACCUUCCACCAUCUCCCACCCGUCGACCUCCCUCCCUCCAUCGCAGCCUCUUCGCCCCACCACGAGAACCUCCUCUUCGAAUUCAUCCGCUUCAACAAGCCCACCGUCCUUCAAGCUCUCAGCUCCAUCUCCCAAAUGGACGCCGUUCACGCAUUCAUCAUCGAUUUCUUCUGCGCCGAAACACUCACCGUCUCUAGUCAGCUCAACAUCCCUUGUUUCUUCUUCUACACUUCAGCGGCGUCUGGCUUAGCGGCCUUUUUUUAUUUGCCGACCCUUCACAGAAAUUCUCAGAAGAGCUUCAAAGACCAAAAUACCCUUCUCGAUAUUCCUGGAGUACCACCGAUGCCGCCCUCUGACAUGGGGAAACCGAUUCUCGACCGUAGUGACAAGGCCUAUGAUUAUUUUCUUGCAUGCACGACUUAUUUCUCUGAAUCUGCUGGAAUGAUUGUGAACACGUUUCACUCACUGGAGCCGAGAGCCAUCAAAGCUAUAUCAGACGGCUUAUGCGACCCCGACGGUCGUACUCCUCCGAUUUAUUGCAUUGGACCGUUGAUCCUUACCAAAGAGGGUAGAGGAGAAGUACGGUCUGAGUCACUGAGGUGGCUCGACUCACAACGGAGUCGAAGCGUUGUUUUUCUUUGUUUCGGAAGUCUGGGAUCGUUUACAACGGAGCAAUUGAGAGAAAUAGCCGUUGGGCUGGAGAAGAGCGGGCAGAGGUUCUUGUGGGUGGUGCGCAGUCCGGUCAACGUGGCAACUUCGGAUCUGCCCGACCCGGAUUUGGAUUCGUUGUUACCCGAGGGAUUCUUGCAUCGGACUAAGGAGAGGGGACUGGUGGUGAAGAAUUGGGCGGCACAAGUUGAGGUGCUAAAUCAUGACUCGGUAGGUGGGUUCGUGACUCACUGUGGAUGGAAUUCGGUGCUCGAAGCGGUGUGUGCUGGCGUUCCCAUGGUGGCGUGGCCGCUGUACGCGGAACAGAGGUUUAACAGAGUGGUGCUGGUUGAGGAGUUUAAGAUUGCUCUGCCUAUGAAUGAGCUUGAAGAUGGGUUCGUGCGAGCUAAUGAAGUGGAGAAGCGAGUUAGUGAGUUGAUGAACUCCGAAAGUGGUGACUCGGUCCGGAGCAUGGUCCUGAAAAUGAAAAAUGAAGCGAAAGCUGCUUUGUCAAAAGGCGGGUCGUCUCAGGUUGCGUUGACCAAACUCACUGAGUCAUGGAAUUAGGAGCUUAAUUACGUAUGAAUAAUGAUUAUUACUAUUAUGUAUCUUCAUGAGAACGUUUGAUGUUGCCUCGUAAUUAUGUUAAGGUAUACUAAGGUGUGGUGAAGUUUAAUAAGCCUACAUGUACUAAAUGAAGCAAGAAUAUAAUCUGCUGCUAAAUUUAACUUGA